AUGCAGAAACUACUACUCUGUUGUCCGUUUGACAGCGCAAGUUCGUCUAAAGUGAACCAAUCACUCCUCGAGUCAAUUUACCAUUCGCCGAGCAAAAGAUUCCUCCCACCCAUUAGAUUAAACCAAAUCCUAAUCUUUUUUCUUUUCUUCUUUUCUCCUUCCUUAUCACUUUCUCUUAGGCACAUUUCUCCCUCUACUCUAAUCAUUCUUUCUUUCUUUCUUUCUUUCUUUCUUUCUUUCUUUCUUUCUUUCCCAGUCAAGUCUUCUGUCUAUCAAUUGAUCUACAUUUGUCUCUUACGAUCGCCCCUCCUACUUUGCUUUCUCUUGAUUUCGCUCUCCCUUUCAUUUCUCUCUCUCUCUCUCUCUCUCUCUGGCUCCGUUCUUCUCCCUCUCCCUCUCUUUCUCCCUCUCUCUCUCUCUCUCUCUCUUCGUUCUUCUCCCUCUCCCUCUCUCUCUCUCCCUCUCUCUCGCUCCCUCUUUCACUCUGCAGAUUUAAUUCUCAAUGUUUUCCUUCUUCAUACUCGCUCUCCCUUUCAUUUCUUUCUCUCUCUCUCUCUCUCCGUUCUUCUCCCUCUCUCUCUCUCUCCCUCUCUCUCCCCCUCUUCCUCUGCAGAUUUAAUUCUCAAUGUUUUCCUUCUUCAUACUCGCUCUCCCUUUCAUUUCUCUCUCUCUCUCUUCGUUCUUCUCCCUCUCCCUCUCUCUCUCUUUCCCUCUCUCUCGCUCCCUCUUUCACUCAGCAGAUUUAAUUCUCAAUGUUUUCCUUCUUCAUACUCAAUUUCAAUUAAACUUUGA